GGGUGCGGCCGGUGCUGGAGACGCAGUGGGACGUGGGGCCUGCGCCGAGAGCCACCUUCCCUGGGUGCAGAGCGGAGAGCUGCUGCCACCACUGCCAUGGAGGGGAUUGUGACAAUGUAUCAGGACUUCAUGAAAAAAGCAGACCCCCGCAUUGCUGACUACCCACUGAUGCAGUCCCCCUUCCUUGUGAUGGGCAUCCUUCUGGCAUAUGUCUACUUCGUGCUAUCCCUGGGCCCCCGGCUAAUGGCCAACAGGAAGCCUCUAAACCUGAAGAAGUUCAUGGUGCUAUACAACUUCUUUCUGGUGGGACUUUCACUCUACAUAGUUUAUGAGUUCCUGAUGGCUGGGUGGCUGACUGGGUACACCUGGAGAUGUGACCCUGUGGACUUCUCACAGGACCCUAAGGCCCUCAGGAUGGUCAAUGUUGCCUGGCUCUUCGUCUUCUCAAAGUUCAUUGAACUGACAGACACAGUGAUCUUUGUCCUGCGGAAGAAGAAUGAACAGGUCACAUUCCUGCACCUCUUCCACCACUCUGUUCUGCCGUGGAGCUGGUGGUGGGGAGCAAAGUUUGGUCCAGGAGGAAUGGGCUCAUUCCAUGCCAUGAUCAAUUCAAUGGUGCAUGUUGUCAUGUACUUCUACUAUGGGCUCUCAGCAGCAGGACCUGCCUUCCAGAAGUACUUGUGGUGGAAGAAGCACAUCACAGCCAUCCAGCUGGCACAGUUUGUGAUUGUCUCCAUCCACAUCUCCCAGUAUUACUUCAUGCCCAGCUGCCAGUAUCAGUUUCCCAUCUUCAUCCACCUCAUCUGGAUUUACGGGACCAUCUUCUUCAUCCUAUUCUCCAACUUCUGGUACCAGUCAUACACCAAGGGCAAACGGUUGCCCAGAGUGGCUCUGCAAGCAGCCCAGCACAAUGGUAGCAGCAUCCAUGAGAAUGGCACAGUCACCAAUGGCAAGGUCAAAGCCAACUAGAGGGCAAGGCCCUCCCAGAGCCAAUGAGAGCCCCGGGGCAGAGGCAGCUGGGACCUGUUCCCUUGCUCCUGGGUGCCACUAGCCAAAUCAAGUGCCUACAGACUGUUGUACCCCAGCCCUGCUGUCUUCUGUCUGCAUGCCCAGCCCCUCUGCUCUGAGCAGCCAUGGGCAGCUUCUGCUGCUGGGUGGGCUCAUGCUGUUUUUUCCACUGUUGCUGAGCAGAGAGGCAGCUGCCUGCAUUACAGCUGUGGGGCUGCAGCCCCAUUCCAGUGUUUCCAAAGGAACUUCCCCCAAGUGCCUGAAUCUGGCCCGUUUGCCUGGGGCUGAUUUCCUUCUGAAUAGGACCAAAAGAAGAGACUGGUCCCUGUCCUGGUGCCCUCUCCUCUUCCCUCUCUCAUCAGAGCCUGUAUGGAUGAGCAGACUUGUUCCUGGCUGCUUGCUGCCACCACAAGUGUGAAUGCUCCUGCUCUACCAUGCCUUGUGCCACCUUGUUCUGUGCCAUGGUGCUGCAUGUCCCUUCCCCUUCUGGUCCUUGUAUGCCCAGGUGGAGAGUUCUGCCCUGGUAUUGGUGUGCUCAGGCAUGGCUGGGGAGAAGGUAGGGGCAGCAAGGGUGGGACUUGAGGCCCAGAGCUGCCCAGUGCAAUACACAUACCCUGUGCCUGGUAUAUAGCAGGGGUUGUGACAGCCUGAAAUGCCUCUGCCCCCUGAUAAGCCCAGGUUGCCUUGCCCUUCUGUGCCUGGGCUGGGUGCUCAAGUGUGCUUUAGCCACACUUACCUGAUCCUGUAUGGCAGCUGGUGGCUUGGUCCAGAGUGGGGGAGGCCAAGCUCAGCCUUGACUUGGACCACUUCCAUUCCUGCAAACUCAAGACUUGAGCAAUAAUUGUCCCUUGAAACAGCUCCUGUCUUAUCCUACUUGGGACCAGCCCUACUCUGGCCCAUGUGAGCACAAAGGAAGAUGGUUGUGCUGUGUAACAGAGAACACCUUGACUCCAUGGAUUUCCCCAGGGCCUGGGUGGAGGUAUACUCUGCCACACAGUAGGGCAGUGCAGCAGCUCUCCUAGGCCUGGUGCCCAUCACCUGUUCUGGCUGUAACCAAAGCCAUGUUGAUGGCCUUGAGGAUGAGGUGAAGGAGCCAGGCCUGGUCAGGCUGGGCUGCUCUUCUAUCAAAAAAUAAACAGACAGAAGGAGAA